CAGAGUCAAGGCAAAUUAUAGAUGUUCUCGAGGAAUACAUAUUUUGUGACUUAGUGAUUUAUAAAUUGCCUCGAUUAAUGAAGACAUUGCAUUUCGAAGAAAAAUAUAUAAGACAUAUGCCAGGAUGUUUUAAAAAUAUUUACCAACUCUUAUGUAUCACACCGUAGCUAGAAGACUCGGCAUACAUACCAUUAUGACGAUAUAUAGAGCAGUAGCUAUUGCAGUUAUAUGGAAACCAGAAUAUAAUAUAAAGAGUUGGAAUAAUGCGGAGUACUUUUAUAUGAACCAUAACUCCAAUUUACCGUAUCCAUCAAACAUUGUCAGAAAGAGAUGUCAGAAUAAUGAACAUCAACUAAAUUUGUCGGAGCCAAUAGAUUAUAUAUGUAUAACACGAGAAAUAAUGAUGAAUAUUGUUCAAGGAUUUAUCUAUAAUCACGCUGUACAUUACGGGUGGAAAUUUAACAUCUUCAACAGUUUUCUUGUUUCUUGCAUUUUUAGAAAUGUUGCGAGCAUAGAUAUUGAAGUUGAAUAUAAAAAUAUUACAAAGUCAAUAAAGAUUAAAUCUGACAAGAAACGCUUUACAAAACGGACAAAGAAUAUUAAGUUUGCCGUUGGAAUGAUCGUGAGGCAUACACGGGACGAUUAUUCCUCUAUCAAUAAGCAUGACGGUGUGAUCAUUGGAUGGCAUCGUACGUGUAAGAGAAUAUUGAAUGCUGCUAUGUUCCCAUUUCUAUAUCAAAUCUCCAAUUAUCAUCACAUUUGUAAAUGUCAUUUGUUAAGCAAUGCCCAAACGCACUACAUCAUUCUCGCUGAAAAUAAUCGAAUAUGUUAUGUACCAGAAGAUCAAGUAUCAAUAUGUCCAUCAAAAGAAAUUGAUAACAUAGAAAUUGGAAAAUAUUUUUCCUAUUUUGAAGGCAAUUUUUACGUACCAAAUGAAAAUUUAAAAGAACAUUAUCCAGAAGAUAUCGCUGCAUUAACUGGAUUACUUAUCAAACAAUAGUUUUUAUUAUCUUAAAAUGUACAAUAUAGUUCUUUCAAUAAUAUUUCUCAAUUUAGCUUUUAUUGUAAACGACAUAUGCAUAAAUAUUCUUACGAUCUUAUUUACAUUUCUGUGAAACGGUGUUAUUCCGCUUAUGUGAAAAAUAAAAAUGAUCUCUGCAACAACGAUUGCGUUUUCAGCAACGGCAAACAUAUUAAAAUUGAGUCAGCUGACAAGUAGUUCGGACACGUUAUUGAUAGAUUCGUUCUUUUAAACUGUUUCUUACUGUUUUCUGUGUUAUUUUAUUUUAUGAUAAAAUUUUUUAAGUGAGUCUUUCUCUUUCUGAAAGUAUUGAUGAUGAGCGUGCUUUUGAUUAAUCGAUAUCAAUUCGAGGAUGUAACGAUAUACACACGGCUAUAGAAUAUCAAUUUAUAAAUUUUGUAAAUCUUACGUUGUAAAGAAA